GGAUCCUAGACCACGAUGUUCCCCCUUGGCCCCGCGACGAUGUACUGGUGGUGGAAAACUGGCGCUCAAUCCAUGGCAGACCGACACUGGGAGGAUGGCUGGCGCAACACAAGCAUGAUCUAUGCCUCGACUGGCCCCCUGCAGCAUUGUCCGUUUCAAGACAAACUGGUGGUAACUCUGCGAGACAACGCGAGACAGGUGACCUGGAUGGUGCUGUUGCUGGGCUACACAUUGUCCAUAGGCGCCGCGAUCGUCAAGGCGCACGCUAUGGGCAGGCGACUCGUCCUUCUCAUCACACCGGCUCUUCUACUCCUGGCUCUCACGCGUCCCGUCACAAGCCCACUUCUGCAAAACUCAAGCGCACUGGGUGCUUUGACAGCCACCUUGGUUUUGAUCUUUGAGGUGGCGUGCGUGGUGGAACUGCUGUACGUGAAACCAUUUGGCCCCGCAGCUGCGCUGGUCAGUACAAUAUUACGCCUAGGAACAGCUUUGACACUGUUCUAUUUGAAACCCGGCUCUUCAAUGGCUUCUCUAUGGCUGCUGCCACAUUUCGGAUUCACGGCGCUAACUAUAUUUCUCCUUAUCGUGGUCUAUUACUUCAAAACGUCACCAAAGAGGUACGGGUUUAUAUAUUGACAUGCAUACAUUGUUUAAUACUUGUUUACCUUUUAUCCCGGGAACCGUUCUUCAAGCCAAGAUGCACCUGCAAUCAUAGUAACAUUUUCGAAAAUAAUUGUUGGCUAUAUUUCUUGUCUAUGUUGACACUGGACCUUGAGUCUUCACAUGUAUCCACGAAACAAAUACUGUUUUACUUUCUGGAGGGCACCUGGGCACCAGCGAUUACGCUGAUACCAUCGGCCAUCCAGUUACGUAUAAAUCACCAAUGCGUAUGACAUGCCGACCAGAUUUUGACCGUCGUCAACUGUGCUCACUGCUAUCGCUGUGAUUUGAGUGCCACUUGUUUUUCUGGGGAGAGGUUCGCCCAUUAACGAGCUAACAGUUUAAAUUCACGUUAUUGAGAUUGUCUUAUUCUACGCUUGCCACGGUGUGGUUACAAUAUUGAUAUAUACAUUCACCUACUGCAUGGGCAUUCAUGUAUACCUUAACUAUAAAACGAGUAUACGUUAUACCUUCGUGGAAAUAAACACCGAGGCUAAGUGUACAUGCUAUUCACUAGAACUGAAAUGUUUUGUGCGUCUUCACUUUUGUGCGUUCUUGCUUAAUAUUGGAAAUUAUUGUAACAAUUCAGAGUGUGAAGUAAAAAGCGUGGUAAAUUUUUCAUUGUAUUGUUUUUGAGGUUGCAGUAAAGCAAAUAAAGAGAAAGGAAGCGUCGAUACAAGGGCGUGAAUAUUUCGCUUAAAAUGUCAAAAAGAGAUUUUGCGCUUACCGCUGCGCUGUUCUUCAUAGCGCUUCGCAGAAAGAUCGCAUUUUGUAGUUU